UUAUUAGUAGAAAUGUUACUUUAAGAGAACUUGGUGCUAAAACAACUGGAUGAGAACUUUGUUGUUCUCUAGCAUCUGCUUAUUGUGUUGUAUUUAUAAUCAUAUUUAUGUUUAAUAUGCAUAAAAGUUAGUUUCAAACUCAAUUAUAUGAUAGAUCUGUGGGGCAAAAAGCUGAAGAUAUCUUAAGUUUCAAUAUACUUUCUUGGUUUAUAAAAGGAAAAGUGAAAUUAUUUUUUAUUGACUGGUGGGGAUUUCUGCUCAAGAAUAAUGUGUUUUAAGAUAAAAUGUCAGCUAGGAGGUAAAUUUAGGUUAUUUCACACGACAUUUUUAUUUUUUUUUUAAAUCGAAAUAUAUAUAUAUUUAAUUUCAGCAAAGCGGUCUGUCAUUCGGUGAAGCUGCUUUCGAAGACUUCUUUGUUAAAAAGACAAAAGCAGGUGCAGGAAAGGCUGCACCAAUGGGAGGAGAUGUUACAAAAGUGGUGCCACCCUGAUUGGCUAUUAGUUGCCUGGGAGGCGGGGCCUUUUUCCUUUCGUAUAAAUGUGCGGCAGCACAUUCGCUUUGAGUGGUCAGAACGCCGGCAGGUUGGGUGACGUCGCGAGGAUUCACGCCGCGUGAAUUUCAGGCGUCAUCAGGUUGUUGUAACUUUGCUCAGCCAGACCGGGAGGAACAUUUAUCGUAUUUUUUAACAAAGUCGAGUAAAAAGUUUUGGAUCCGGUCGGUUCCGCAGAUGCCGGGACUUUUUUGAGGCGAAAGUGUUGAGCGCUCCUCCUCGGUCUGACCUCCCCGGCCGUCCAAUGCUUCUGCAUCAGUACAUGAACGGAUCCCUGGACGUCAUGCAUCCCACGUCGCUUCAGAAAGACACCACUUUUACCAAAAUCUUCGUGGGGGGGCUCCCGUACCACACCAACGACGCCUCUCUGAGAAAGUACUUCGAAGCCUUUGGGGACAUUGACGAGGCGGUGGUGAUAACGGACAGACAGACCGGCAAAUCCAGAGGAUACGGCUUUGUAACCAUGACGGACCGAGGAGCAGCAGAAAGAGCCUGCAAGGAUCCAAACCCCAUUAUUGAUGGCAGGAAGGCCAACGUCAACCUGGCUUACCUGGGUGCCAAACCCCGAAGCAUACAGACAGGCAUAUCCCUGGGAGUCCAGCCCCUUCACCCGGCGCUCAUCCAGAGGCAGUAUGGGUUAACCCAGCCGUUCCUCUACCCACAAGCAUAUGUGCAGCCCACCCUGGUGCUGCCCACUCAGGUUUCCUCCUCCGUCAGCACCAGCCCCUACCUGGACUACAGCGCCGCCUACACCCAGUAUGCCCAGGCCGCCUUCGAGCAGCAGUACCCGUACGCCGCCUCCCCGGCCGGCUUCCUGAGCUACAACUACGCCACCAGCCCCACGGCCGCCGCCGGCCCAGCCGCCGCCUCCACCGCUCCGGCCACAGUGCACCCCACCCUCCCCUCUGCCACCGGCCCGGCGGCAGCCUUCCUGCACUACACCCCGCAGCAGCACAUCCAGCCGGACCGCAUGCAGUGAGCGGAGAGGGGGGGAGCAUGCAGGAGGUGGGGAGGAGGUAGUGGUCGCUGACUUCAUUUUUGUUUGGGAUAGUGGACUUGACACCCCCUCCUCCCCCUCCUCCUUGGUGCUGUCGUCAGCCGCACCUUUCAGGUAAAAAGGGUGGGACUCUUGCACUAUCCCAUCAGGAUGAGCUCUGGGAAUGGGGAGGGGGCAGAUGGAGUUCAGGUUGUGAAGCUAAACAACAUACAGUAUGUGGUUGCUUCCAAGGGCUUCCAGAAGGUCACACUUCGCUUUUUCAUAAUCAUUAUUAUUAUUAUUAUUGUUAUUAUUAUUGUUAUUGUUGUCGUCCUACUUUAUAUUAUUAAUGUCAUCGUCUGUUCGUCAUUUUCUCCAUGACCCGCCUCAGUCAGACUGGGAGCUGUCCUGCCAGUCUGAGAUAUGUGUUGGAUAAGGUGGACACCACUGCUGCAGGACAUUUGUGUGAAUGAUGGAACCAUCUGCAGCAUUUCACCCCCCUGCCCAGCAUUCAGCUCAAUGACUCUGAACCUGUGAGACACAGGAAUACCAGAACUCCAUGAUUUUCUUUUUUUUUUAAUCAUUCGCUCUAUUCAAGAGGCCUUAAUUUCAGAAAAAGUAAAGCGCCCCUUCCAGGAGCGCGGAGCCCCCUGCGACUGACCUGCUCUCAGCAUCAUCACGGAUGUGACCUGAGGUGGGAUAAGUUCAAGCGGCAAUAGAUAAUCACAACGGAGGGGCGGGGUCUGAGAGCUUUUGUGCAUCAAUGAUAAAAGGUAGCGGACACUGAGCUUAAAUAUCAGUGUUUUAUUUCUUUUUUUUUUUCCUUUUCUCAGUGAUUGUCAAAGUGUUUCUUCUGAAAGGACUUUUAUGUACAGCAUUUUAAGAUGUCAGUCAUCGCGUACAAACUUACAAUAUUUAUAAGUAGGUAUUUAUAAGAGGUACUAAAUUAAAAUAGCUUUUUUAUGUUUAUUUUAGUGGUGGCUUUAAUGCCAUUUAACAUAUUGCUGCAGAUACACACAUUCUUUGUCCUGUUCUAUAUAUAUAUAUAAUUUUUUUUUUUUACUUUUGUUUUUUCCAAGAUGAAUGUCUUUUACAGUUCCUUCAAACAAGCCAUACCAAAAAAAGAAUAAAAGGAUUUGUAUUUAAAGGA